CUGCCAGCCUCCCAGCGGAGGACGUCUCACGAUGUCUCUUCCCCUCCUGGAAACGAGCCGCAUCCCUGCCCGCUCUCGCAGCCGGAGCGCGAGCCACUGCUGCGGGGCGGAGAGGAAUCCAGGUGGGAACCCAGGCGAGGAAAACCUCCUACAGAGAGGAAAGAAACACGGCCCGCUCUCUUUAGGCCACGCCCUUCCUCGUUCUGCGCCUGCGCCUCUGCUGGCGCGCGGCCGUCUUCGCAUCUGCACCUGCAGGGGGAGGCCUAACUCGCGUCGCUCUUUCUUUGCGUCACGCGGCGCUUGCGCGUUGCUUCCGGGUCAGAGGCCGGACGGCCGGGCGCUGUGUGGGCCAUGGUGCAGCUGCGGCCGCGCGCGUCCCGCGUCCCGCCGUCGGCGAUGGUGGACGAGGGCCAGCCCGCCUCCGAGGAGGAGGAGGAGGCGGAGCACGGCCUGUUGCUCGGGCAGCCCAGCAGCGGCGCGGCCGCGGAGCCGCUGGAGGAAGACGACGAGGAAGGGGACGACGAGUUUGACGACGAGGCCCCGGAGGAGCUGACUUUCGCCAGCGCCCAGGCGGAAGCACGAGAGGAGGAGCGGCGGGUUCGGGAGUCGGUGCGCAGGGACAAAACGCUCCUGAAGGAGAAGAGGAAGCGACGCGAGGAGCUGUUCAUCGAACAAAAGAAAAGGAAACUCCUUCCGGAUAACAUUCUAGAGAAGUUAACUACAGCUGCACAGACUAGCAUCAAGAAAUCAUCAGGAAAGUUGAAAGAAGCGAAUUUGCAGAAGGAAGAUGAAGACUGUGACAAAGGAAGUGAUUCCAAGAAAGCUAAAGUACAAAAAGUACAGUCUGUCGGCCAGAAUAAAAGCUACUUGGCUCUAAGGCUAAAAGAUCAAGAUCUGAGAGAUUCAAGACAGCAAGCAGCAAAAGCCUUUAUACAGAAUUCUUUAUAUGGCCCAGGAACCAACAGAACUACUGGUAAUUUCUUUACAGACUGUCUCUCUCACUUUUUGCUGCAAAUUAAACAAAGAAGUGAUAGAGAAUUCUCUUUUCUAGUAAAUAAGUUCCUGUCUCUUGAAAAUAAGAGGUUACCAGUGAAAAAGGCUGCAGCCCAGUUUCUGAAUAAUGCUUGGGGAACUCAGAAAAAACAAAAUGCCAAGAGGUUUAAAAGACGGUGGAUGGUCAGAAAGAUGAAAACUUCUAAGAAGUAAAUCAAAUGAAGUAAACGAAGGAUGAGAACUUGUAUGUAUAGGACUCAGUUAUUUGGUUUAGAAAAUGCUCUUAAAAAGAUCUAAUAAAUGAUUUAUAAAGA